AUGUUGGUGUUGGUAAUAUUUGGUUUAUCGUCCCAACUCUAAAAAGGAGUGCACUAUAUAGUGAAUAGGGUGCCAUUCUCUGGUCUAAAGGAGUGCACUAUAUAGUGAAUAGGGUGCCAUUCUCUGGUCUAAAGGAGUGCACUAUAUAGUGAAUAGGGUGCCAUUCUCUGGUCUAAAGGAGUGCACUAUAUAGUGAAUAGGGUGCCAUUCUCUGGUCUAAAGGAGUGCACUAUAUAGUGAAUAGGGUGCCAUUCUCUGGUCUAAAGGAGUGCACUAUAUAGGGAAUAGGGUGCCAUUCUCUGGUCUAAAGGAGUGCACUAUAUAGUGAAUAGGGUGCCAUUCUCUGGUCUAAAGGAGUGCACUAUAUAGUGAAUAGGGUGCCAUUCUCUGGUCUAAAGUAGUGCACUAUAUAGUGAAUAGGGUGCCAUUUGGGACGCGACACAUUCCCUAAAUUGUAUGUUGUGAUCUGUGACGUAUAUAUCAAAACUAACACUGUUUGUGAUGAACGGUUCCCCAGCGGGAGCAGGUGAGGACAGUAGUGGUGAUGUGGACCAUCCGACCAGCAGCAGGAGUGGAAGGAGAGAAGACAGAUCCUAUCCCCAGGUCAGUGGAUACUCUAGUUCCCUCAAACUCUGGACCUCCAAGCCAGUUCCACUGUGUUUUUUCACAGUUUCCCUCUAAUCAGGGACUGAUUAUAGACCUGGGACACCAGGUGGUGUAAUUAAUUAUCAGGUAGAACAGAAAAAGCAGCAGGCUCCGGACCUCGUAGGGUCAGAGUUGAGUACCCCCUGCUGUAGGGGAUAGGGUGGCUCCGGACCUCGUAGGGUCAGAGUUGAGUACCCCCUGCUGUAGGGGAUAGGGUGGCUCCGGACCUCGAAGGGUCAGAGUUGAAUACCCCCUGCUGUAGGGGAUAGGGUGGCUCCGGAGCUCGUAGGGUCAGAGUUGAAUACCCCCUGCUGUACGGGGAUAGGGUGGCUCCGGACCUCGCAGGGUCAGAGUUGAAUACCCCCUGCUGUAGGGGAUAGGGUGGCUCCGGAGCUCGUAGGGUCAGAGUUGAAUACCCCCUGCUGUAGAGGAUAGGGUGGCUCCGGACCUCGUAGGGUCAGAGUUGAAGCUCCGGACCUCGUAGGGUCAGAGUUGAAUACCCCUGCUGUAGGGGAUAGGGUGGCUCCGGAGCUCGUAGGGUCAGAGUUGAAUACCCCUGCUGUAGAGGAUAGGGUGGCUCCGGACCUCGUAGGGUCAGAGUUGAAGCUCCGGACCUCGUAGGGUCAGAGUUGAGUACCCCUGGUCUAGUUGAUAGUGUACAUGUAUUUGUUCGUUCCAAAUGGCACCAUGUUUCCUUUUAUAGGACACUUGUUUUGACCAGUGCCCAUAGGGUGCCAUUUGGGACAUAACCUAUAAUGUACAGAUAACAUGAACUGCACUUUCUCUAUUUUCUCAUUCAUUGCAGGCUUUUUAUUGUCCUGAAUUCGCCAUCAAACUCUUUAGUCCAAGACUAGGCUUAAUCUGUCCCAGAAUCCACCCCGAUAUGUCUUAAAUCCCCAUGAGGAUAAGAAAGUUAAUAUUUCAUCCCACACCCAGGUCCAGGUUCAGACCCACAACCUGCAGUCCCAGGUCCAGGUUCAGACCCACAACCUGCAGUCCCAGGUCCAGGUUCAGACCCACAACCUGCAGUCCCAGGUCCAGGUUCAGACCCACAACCUGCAGUCCCAGGCGGGUAAACCUGGCCAACCUGUCACCGUGUCCAACCCUCCUGUCCACCUACUGCAGGCCCAGCCUGCUGCCCUCAUUGACGGGCAGAUGAAGGUAUGAACUCUCCAUGGCUCUGUCCCAAAUUGUGCCCUUUUUGCUAUUUAGUACACUACUUUUGACCAGGGCUCUAGUUGAAAGUAGCACACUGUAAAGGUAACAGGGUGCUAUUAAAACACCCCAUUUCCCUCUCUCCCCUAGCCUGAUCCCAGAUCUGUGUGUUGUGUAUAGCCAACUAUACAAGACGACGCGAACACAUCUGGAACCAGGCUAUCAUCUGAUUGAGAACUCACCCAGUCAGAGCGGAAAAGUUGAUACCCCCCAAGUGUCCAAAAAUAUAGAUUUAAAAAUAGAUUGAUGGUCUAUGUUAUCUCUACCUUAAAUCAAAUCUAUGUGUUUAGGACAGCAAAUAUCAUAGAAAAAAACUCAACGUUUUAAGAGGACUAAUAAGAUUUCGGUGUGUUUUUUUUUCUUCUCCCCCAGGCUGCCCUGAAAUCGCUGAUGCCCAGUCGUCUCAUCGCCCCAGCUCCAGCCUCCAGCCAGGGCCAGGGGGGCCACAUCCCUCUUCCUCUGCCCCCCAAGGUGCAGCCUGCCCUGCCUGGCCACAUCACUGUCACCCUGGAGAGCAACAUUGCUCCCAUCUCCUCCAUCCCUGUCGCGACCAUCAGUGGACAGCAGGUGACUACAUAGCCCUAAUACAUUCUCAUUGACUCUGGUCUGUGAUCAUUGUUUUGGAAAACGCUUUAUAAUAACGUUCAGGAAUAAGCCAUUAGGGACCGGUUUCCUGGACACAGAUUAAGCACCAGUCAACAGACUUAUCUUUGUUGAAAAUGUGUUUUUAGUCCAGGUCUAGGGCUUAACCCGUGUCCAGGAAACCGCCCCAUAAUGCUUGAGUAACGACUGAUGUUUUUUUGUCCUAUUCUUAAUUCAGGGCCACUCCGGUAACCGGCAUCACCUCAUGGCAGCUAAUAUCCAGAUAAUCAGAGCUCCUUCUGUUCCUCAACACACAUUCACCUCUCACCUACCCAGAGGUAUGUACUGUACCUCCCUCUAACCCGCCCAGAGGUAUGUACUGUACCUCCCUCUAACCCACCCAGAGGUAUGUACUGUACCUCCCUCUAACCCACCCAGAGGUAUGUACUGUACCUCCCUCUAACCCACCCAGAGGUAUGUACUGUACCUCCCUCUCACCCAGCGUUUUGGGGCCCCUAAGCGACAUCUGGUUUGAGGCCUAGCCCCCACUGUUCCACAACAAACAUUCACUUCCCAUUUACCCUAAGCCUAUAGUACUGUCAGGAGGGGAAACUUUUGACAUUCUAUUUUUGCUGGCGUGUUGCACUCCUCUGGCUCGGCCUCUAGAGGGAGCUCUUACCCUCUGCCUUUCGUUCUGGAAGAUGUUCUCUAAUCAACGUUGUGCUGUCUGUCUUCCAGGGGCGGUGGCUGCAGCAGUGAUGUCCAGCUCUAAAGGGCCUGCUGUUCUCAGACCAGCAUCAGGGGCCAGUGCAGCUGUUCUCAGACCAGCAUCAGGGGCCAGUGCAGCUGUUCUCAGACCAGCAUCAGGGGCCAGUGCAGCUGUUCUCAGACCAGCAUCAGGGGCCAGUGCAGCUGUUCUCAGACCAGCAUCAGGGGCCAGUGCAGCUGUUCUCAGACCAGCAUCAGGGGCCAGUGCAGCUGUUCUCAGACCAGCAUCAGGGGUCAGUGUAGCUGUUCUCAGACCAGCAUCAGGGGCCAGUGCAGGCCCUGUUCUCAGACCAGCAUCAGGGCCCAGUGCAGCUGUUCUCAGACCAGCAUCAGGGGUCAGUGCAGGCCCUGUUCUCAGACCAGCAUCAGGGCCCAGUGCAGCUGUUCUCAGACCAGCAUCAGGGCCCAGUGCAGGCCCUGUUCUCAGACCAGCAUCAGGGCCCAGUGCAGGCCCUGUUCUCAGACCAGCAUCAGGGCCCAGUGCAGGCCCUGUUCAGACCACAGUACACCACAUCACCCAACAGACUAUUCAGGUACUUACCCCAGUUUUAUUACAGCUCAAUGGCAUUGUUAUGGUGGGAGAGUUUACAGCUCAAUGGCAUUGUUAUGGUGGGAGAGUUUACAGCUCAAUGGCAUUGUUAUGGUGGGAGAGUUUACAGAUCAAUGGCAUUGGGGUUAUGGUGGGAGAGUUUACAGAUCAAUGGCAUUGGGGUUAUGGUGGGAGAGUUUACAGAUCAAUGGCAUUGGGGUUAUGGUGGGAGAGUUUACAGCUCAAUGGCAUUGUUAUGGUGGGAGAGUUUACAGAUCAAUGGCAUUGGGGUUAUGGUGGGAGAGUUUACAGAUCAAUGGCAUUGUUAUGGUGGGAGAGUUUACAGAUCAAUGGCAUUGUUAUGGUGGGAGAGUUUACAGCUCAAUGGCAUUGUUAUGGUGGGAGAGUUUACAGAUCAAUGGCAUUGGGGUUAUGGUGGGAGAGUUUACAGCUCAAUGGCAUUGUUAUGGUGGGAGAGUUUACAGAUCAAUGGCAUUGGGGUUAUGGUGGGAGAGUUUACAGAUCAAUGGCAUUGUUAUGGUGGGAGAGUUUACAGCUCAAUGGCAUUGUUAUGGUGGGAGAGUUUACAGCUCAAUGGCAUUGUUAUGGUGGGAGAGUUUACAGCUCAAUGGCAUUGUUAUGGUGGGAGAGUUUACAGCUCAAUGGCAUUGUUAUGGUGGGAGAGUUUACAGCUCAAUGGCAUUGUUAUGGUGGGAGAGUUUACAGCUCAAUGGCAUUGUUAUGGUGGGAGAGUUUACAGAUCAAUGGCAUUGUUAUGGUGGGAGAGUUUACAGAUCAAUGGCAUUGGGGUUAUGGUGGGAGAGUUUACAGAUCAAUGGCAUUGUUAUGGUGGGAGAGUUUACAGCUCAAUGGCAUUGUUAUGGUGGGAGAGUUUACAGAUCAAUGGCAUUGUUAUGGUGGGAGAGUUUACAGCUCAAUGGCAUUGUUAUGGUGGGAGAGUUUACAGCUCAAUGGCAUUGUUAUGGUGGGAGAGAUUACAGCUCAAUGGCAUUGUUAUGGUGGGAGAGUUUACAGCUCAAUGGCAUUGGGGUUAUGGUGGGAGAGUUUACAGCUCAAUGGCAUUGUUAUGGUGGGAGAGUUUACAGCUCAAUGGCAUUGGGGUUAUGGUGGGAGAGUUUACAGCUCAAUGGCAUUGUUAUGGUGGGAGAGUUUACAGAUCAAUGGCAUUGUUAUGGUGGGAGAGUUUACAGAUCAAUGGCAUUGUUAUGGUGGGAGAGUUUACAGAUCAAUGGCAUUGGGGUUAUGGUGGGAGAGUUUACAGAUCAAUGGCAUUGUUAUGGUGGGAGAGUUUACAGCUCAAUGGCAUUGUUAUGGUGGGAGAGUUUACAGAUCAAUGGCAUUGUUAUGGUGGGAGAGUUUACAGCUCAAUGGCAUUGUUAUGGUGGGAGAGUUUACAGCUCAAUGGCAUUGUUAUGGUGGGAGAGAUUACAGCUCAAUGGCAUUGUUAUGGUGGGAGAGUUUACAGCUCAAUGGCAUUGGGGUUAUGGUGGGAGAGUUUACAGCUCAAUGGCAUUGUUAUGGUGGGAGAGUUUACAGCUCAAUGGCAUUGGGGUUAUGGUGGGAGAGUUUACAGCUCAAUGGCAUUGUUAUGGUGGGAGAGUUUACAGAUCAAUGGCAUUGUUAUGGUGGGAGAGUUUACAGCUCAAUGGCAUUGUUAUGGUGGGAGAGUUUACAGCUCAAUGGCAUUGUUAUGGUGGGAGAGAUUACAGCUCAAUGGCAUUGUUAUGGUGGGAGAGUUUACAGCUCAAUGGCAUUGGGGUUAUGGUGGGAGAGUUUACAGCUCAAUGGCAUUGUUAUGGUGGGAGAGUUUACAGCUCAAUGGCAUUGUUAUGGUGGGAGAGUUUACAGCUCAAUGGCAUUGUUAUGGUGGGAGAGUUUACAGCUCAAUGGCAUUGUUAUGGUGGGAGAGUUUACAGAUCAAUGGCAUUGUUAUGGUGGGAGAGUUUACAGAUCAAUGGCAUUGGGGUUAUGGUGGGAGAGUUUACAGAUCAAUGGCAUUGUUAUGGUGGGAGAGUUUACAGCUCAAUGGCAUUGUUAUGGUGGGAGAGUUUACAGAUCAAUGGCAUUGUUAUGGUGGGAGAGUUUACAGCUCAAUGGCAUUGUUAUGGUGGGAGAGUUUACAGCUCAAUGGCAUUGUUAUGGUGGGAGAGAUUACAGCUCAAUGGCAUUGUUAUGGUGGGAGAGUUUACAGCUCAAUGGCAUUGGGGUUAUGGUGGGAGAGUUUACAGCUCAAUGGCAUUGUUAUGGUGGGAGAGUUUACAGCUCAAUGGCAUUGGGGUUAUGGUGGGAGAGUUUACAGCUCAAUGGCAUUGUUAUGGUGGGAGAGUUUACAGAUCAAAUGUUAACUUGCACACCAUGUCUUUCUCAUUUGUGGUGCAGGAAAUGACUGCCCCGGUGUUGGAGUUUCUUCAUUAUAACAAAGAUAACUCCUGCGUUCAUGAUUUUUCCCUCUGUAGUUGUUUGUGUUGACAGUUCAGUCAGUCAUGUAGAGAAACAUCGUGUGACAUACAACGCUUGAUACUCUCCCUCUCUUCUUCCUCCUCAGUCUCGUCCCCCUGUCACCGGCUCUACAGCGGUCCUUCCCACAGUAGUGGACCCCAUCUCAGCCACCCGGAACCAGUCCCCUGUCAUCAACCCAACGGUCACCCGCUCUGCAGAGAUGCUGCAUGGGUAAGUGGCCCAAAUGCUAUCCUAGCAUUGAUAAGGAUAGUGUGGGAUGUUGGCCCUUUAUCUACUUACCCAGAGUCAGAUGAACUGAUGGUCAGGGCUCUAAAUUAAACAUUUUUUAUUGGUAGCAGUGGUGCUCCCGACUUUAAAAAAAAGUUAGGAGCACCAGAAAAUAAGAUUGUGAUGUAGCCUACGUGAAUUCCAUCUACUUCCGAAGCACAUGUUGUGCCCUAGAAACGAAUAUGUAACCCUGUAAAUACGUUUGUUUAUUAUAAAAAGCUAAACUGUUGAUACGAAUAUCUGUCAUUGAAAUUAAAAAGUCAUUUGUGGAAUAUUGGGUUUCUACAUUGUGUUAAAAGCACUAUUUUCCUAUUGAAAAGUGUACACUGUCUCUUUUAUAAAAAGCAUCAAGGUUGAUGAGGACAUGCAAGAGAUGGGUCAUUCAUUCAUUGCUGUGAUCAUUGAUCUCCUGAAGAAAACAUCCCCUUUCCUUUGUUUCUGUGUCCCCGAUGUUUGGAUAAACUAGAGUUACCAGGUUGUUAGCUAGCUAGCCAAUGAGGUAACAGGACUGAACAAGGUGUAAAACAAAGGCAGCCUGCGAGUAGUUUUAUAACGCCCUGCUUUAUGAAUGUAAAACGCAUGCAAAUAUAUAUAUAUAUAUAUAUAUAUAUAUAAUAUAUAGACUUCCCUUUAACCACCUGUAUAAAUGACAAAAUGAACAAUAGGACUUCUCUUUAACCACCUGUAUAAAUGACAAAAUGUGUGUUUGUGCCCACAAUGUUUAGAAUUCAAAUUUGAAGUUUAUUGACCAUGUAUAAUAUAUUGAAACAAUACCCACCAGAGCUCUCACAUUAAAGGGAUGGUGGGUUGAUGAUGUCACAUUAAAGGGAUGGUGGGUUGAUGAUGUCGCAUUAAAAGGGAUGGUGGGUUGAUGAUGUCACAUUAAAGGGGUGGUGGGUUGAUGAUGUUGCAUUAAAGGGAUGGUGGGUUGAUGAUGUCACAUUAAAGGGAUGGUGGGUUGAUGAUGUUGCAUUAAAAGGGAUGGUGGGUUGAUGAUGUCACAUUAAAGGGAUGGUGGGUUGAUGAUGUCACAUUAAAGGGAUGGUGGGUUGAUGAUGUUGCAUUAAAGGGAUGGUGGGUUGAUGAUGUCACAUUAAAGGGAUGGUGUGUUGAUGAUGUCACAUUAAAAGGGAUGGUGGGUUGAUGAUGUCACAUUAAAAGGGAUGGUGGGUUGAUGAUGUUGCAUUAAAGGGAUGGUGGGUUGAUGAUGUUGCAUUAAAAGGGAUGGUGGGUUGAUGAUGUCGCAUUAAAGGGAUGGUGGGUUGAUGAUGUCACAUUAAAGGGAUGGUGGGUUGAUGAUGUUGCAUUAAAAGGGAUGGUGGGUUGAUGAUGUCGCAUUAAAAGGGAUGGUGGGUUGAUGAUGUCGCAUUAAAGGGAUGGUGGGUUGAUGAUGUCGCAUUAAAAGGGAUGGUGGGUUGAUGAUGUCGCAUUAAAAGGGAUGGUGUGUUGAUGAUGUCACAUUAAAAGGGAUGGUGUGUUGAUGAUGUCACAUUAAAAGGGAUGGUGGGUUGAUGAUGUCACAUUAAAGGGAUGGUGGGUUGAUGAUGUUGCAUUAAAGGGAUGGUGGGUUGAUGAUGUCACAUUAAAGGGAUGGUGGGUUGAUGAUGUUGCAUUAAAAGGGAUGGUGGGUUGAUGAUGUCACAUUAAAGGGAUGGUGGGUUGAUGAUGUCACAUUAAAGGGAUGGUGGGUUGAUGAUGUUGCAUUAAAGGGAUGGUGGGUUGAUGAUGUCACAUUAAAGGGAUGGUGUGUUGAUGAUGUCACAUUAAAAGGGAUGGUGGGUUGAUGAUGUCACAUUAAAAGGGAUGGUGGGUUGAUGAUGUUGCAUUAAAGGGAUGGUGGGUUGAUGAUGUUGCAUUAAAAGGGAUGGUGGGUUGAUGAUGUCGCAUUAAAGGGAUGGUGGGUUGAUGAUGUCACAUUAAAGGGAUGGUGGGUUGAUGAUGUUGCAUUAAAAGGGAUGGUGGGUUGAUGAUGUCGCAUUAAAAGGGAUGGUGGGUUGAUGAUGUCGCAUUAAAGGGAUGGUGGGUUGAUGAUGUCGCAUUAAAAGGGAUGGUGGGUUGAUGAUGUCGCAUUAAAAGGGAUGGUGUGUUGAUGAUGUCACAUUAAAAGGGAUGGUGGGUUGAUGAUGUCACAUUAAAGGGGUGGUGGGUUGAUGAUGUCACAUUAAAAGGGAUGGUGGGUUGAUGAUGUCGCAUUAAAGGGAUGGUGUGUUGAUGAUGUCGCAUUAAAGGGAUGGUGUGUUGAUGAUGUCACAUUAAAGGGGUGGUGGGUUGAUGAUGUCACAUUAAAGGGGUGGUGGGUUGAUGAUGUCACAUUAAAGGGAUGGUGGGUUGAUGAUGUUACAUUAAAGGGAUGGUGGGUUGAUGAUAUCUUGUGCUCCCUCCUCCAGGCAUCCAGGGCUGACCAUCCACCCUCCUCCGGCCACCAUCAGUAUCCAGCGUCCCCAGGGGGCCAGGGACACGGCCACACGGAUCAACCUGCCCUCCCACCCUGCCAUAUGGGGGCAGAAACCCCAGCCCCCCCACACCAUGACACAGGUCAGAACCUGGUGAAGAUAAAUAUUUACCUUUGGCUCUAUACUCCAGCAUUUUGGAUUUGAGAUCAAAUGUUCUUAUAUCAGGCAACAGAAUAGAAUGUCACCUUUUAUUUUAGGGUAUUUUCAUAUGCAUAUCUGUUUUACUAUUUAUAAAUGAAAGCACUUUUCCCUGUUGCAGGAAAUGUUUAACUUGCAUAGUGUAUUUGAGGUUUAAAGAGGCUUCUGAAGUUUAAUUUACACUUCGAAAUUUCAGACUUGAUUUUCCCUUACGAAAAAUGUAUAAUUGUCCUGCUGUAGCAAACUGGCUCAAAUUAAGAUCCUACAUCUGUAUUUGGACAAAAUUCACUUAUAGUGUAUUAAAAUAAAAGUGACUCCAAAAUGACAAUACAUUAUUCACCAUUCACUUUCUAUUGGGCAAAAUACAGUUCGAAACACGGCAGGUAGCUUAGUGGUUAAGAGCGUUGUGCCAGUAACCGAAAGGUCGCUGGUUCUAAUCCCCGAGCCGACUAGGUGAAAAAUCAGUCGAUGUGCCCUUGAGCAAGGCACUUAACCCUAAUUGCUCCUGUGUAGCUAGGGGUAAAGUGACUAUGCAUAGAUAAUAAACAGAGAGUAGCAGCAGUGUAAAAACAAAGGGGGGGAGUCAAUGUAAAUAGUCCGGGUGGCCAUUUGAUGAAUUGUUCAGCAGUCUUAUGGCUUGGGGGUAGAAGCUGUUAAGGAGCCUUUUAUGACCUAGACUUGGCGUUCUGGUACCACUUGCUGUGCGGUAGCAGAGAGAACCCAGUGGGUGACUGGAGUCUUUGAGAUUUUUUUGGGCCUUCCUCUGACACCGCCUGGUAUAGAGGUCCUGGAUGGCAGGAAGCUUGGCCCCAGUGAUGUACUGGGCCGUACGCACCCUCGCCUGUAGUGCCUUGCGGUCGGAGGCCGAGCAGUUGCCAUACCAGGCAGUGAUGCAACCAGUCAGGAUGCUCUCGAUGGUGCAGCUGUAUAACUCUUUUGAGGAUUUGCCAAAUAUUUUCAGUCUCCUGAGGGGGAAUAGGCUUUGUCUUGCCCUCUUCACGACUGUCUUGGUGUGUUUGGACCAUGACAGUUUGUUGGUGAUGUGGACACCAAGGGACUUGAAAGUUCUCGACCCGCUCCACUACAGCCUCGUCGAUGUGAAUGGGGGCGUGUUCGGCCCUCCUUUUCCUGUAGUUCACGAUCAGCUUCUUUGUCUUGAUCACGUUGAGGGAGAGGUUGUUAUCCUGGCACCACACUGCCAGGUCUCUGACCUCCUCCCUAUAGGCUGUCUCAGACAGGAGGGGACUAAGCAUGCACCCCUGAGGGGCCCCCGUGUUGAGGAUCAGCGUGGCGGAUGUGUUGUUACCUACCCUUACCACCUGGGGGCGGCCCGUCAAGAAGUCCAGGAUCCAGUUGCAGAGAGAGGUGUUUAGUCCCAGGGUCCUUAGCUUAAUGAUACGCUUUGUGGGCGCUAUGGUGUUGAAUGCUGAGCUUUAGUCAAUGAAUAGUAUUCUCACAUAGGUGUUCCUCUUGUCCAGGUGGGAGAAGGCAGUGUGGAGUGCAAUAGAGAUUGCAUCAUCUGUGGAUCUGUUGGGGCGGUAUGCGAAUUGGUGUGGGUCUAGGGUUUCUGGGAUGAUGGUGUUGAUGUGAGCCAUAACCAGCCUUUCAAAGCACUUCAUGGCUGCAGACGUGAGUGCUAUGGGUCGGUAGUCAUUUAGGCAGGUUACCUUAGUGUCCUUGGGCACAGGAACUAUGGUGGUCUGCUUGAAACGUAGGUAUUACAGAGUCAUUCAGGGAGAGGUUGAAAAUGUCAGUGAAGAUGUGUGUGUGUGUGUGUGUAUGUAUGUAUAAGUGUUUUCAUUUCUAAACAGUAAAACGGAUAUGUAUGAAAAUACCCUCAAAUAAAAGGUGACAUUCUGGACGGUCGGUCGCCUCAUGAAACAUUUGAUCUCAAAUCCCAAAUGGUGGCGUAUAGAGCCAAAUGUAACAUUUUUUUUAGCUUCACUGUCCAAAUACAUACGGAGGGGAGGGUAAGAUGCUCUGUGGUUGUUCUCCUCAAGUCUUGUUUUCUGUUUGUCAAAUGCUGUUAUAUUGAAGGGUGACACUACGACAUAGACAUAGAAGAACAUAUAUUACCUUGUAUUACAGAAAUCCAUCUUCGGUAGUGGGACUCCGGUGGCUGCAGCAACAGUGGCGCCGAUUCUAACCACCACCACAGGUAAGGAACACCCACAGAGAUCCUUUUUAAAUCACUUGAAUGAAUAUUUUAAUAUGUAAUUCUAUGAGGCCACCAUUUCUAGGACCCAUAUUCACAAAGAGUCAGAGGAGGAGUGCUGAUCUAGGAUCCGUUUAGCCUUUUUAGAUCAUAAUUUAAAUAAAAUGACAUGGACAUUUUAAAGAACAACUGCCCCUAAAAAUCAGCCUAUUUUAGAGGCCUCCCUGUUAUAGUUUUAAAGCUAAUUUCCUACCAUUCUAUACAUUUACAUUAUUUAGCAGACGCUCUUAUCCAGAGCGACUUAGUGACUGCAUACAUUAUUAUUAAUUUUUUCAUACUGGCCCCCCGUGGGAAUCGAACCCACAACCCUGGCGUUGCAAACGCCAUGCUCUACCAACUGAGCUACAUCCCUGCCGGCCAUUCCCUCCCCUACCCUGGACGACGCUGGGCCAAUUGUGCGCCGCCCCAUGGGUCUCCCGGUCUCGGCCGACAGAGCCGACAGAGCCUGGAUUCGAACCAGGAUCUCUAGUAGACCACUGCGCCACUCGGGAGCCCUAUACAUUUUGCCAUAGUUCAUGCUAUCUCAGUGACUCGAACAUGAGUGACUCAAACAUUUUAAAAGGUCAUUCUACUCCAAAAUGAAUUAAAAUAAAAUAAUGCUGGGCUAUUGGUAUAAUUAUUAGUUUAAAUUAUUUUGACAUAUUGGACCCAUAUAGCCUAUGCUUGGUCCGUAUUAUAAGGUAUGCUAUUAGAAAAUAAGCAUUAUCGCUGGCUAUAAAUAAAUAGGCUGAAGCAUGGGGUUGUCUAUCUGCAUUCACCCUAUUGGACUAAUCAUUAGCUAGAUCCCAAAUGUGAUAUUUUAACUAGUUGGCAUACAUGUUAUGUCCCCAAAAACGUGCAUAAACACAGUAAAUAUAAUUUAGGCCUACCUGGGUAACUUGGGGUAAACCGCUGCCGGGGUAAAGUUCCCCCUGCCUGUACUUCUCACAGAAACCCCUUCAUGUCACCAUCCCCCCCCCCCCCCCCCCAACACUUUCCCUUGCUCAACUAAAAAUGGAAUCUGUCUCAUCACAAUUUAAGUCACCCCCAAAAAAUAUGUUGAGUUUGGGCGGCAUUUUACCCCAAGUUACCUUACAAUUGACCCAUGUUACAAACUUGCUUAAACAUGCUGCUGCUAAAAACGGGUGCAGUUUGCUCUUUUAGGAGUUCAGAAAUAAAGUAGAAAUGGAAACCCCCUCUUUCUAAUAUUUAUCUCGCAUAGAACACACAACAACAAGCCGACUAGGUAAAUAGAUAAACUAUUUUUACUAUGGGGUUGUCAAGAUUGUUCUAUUCAUUACUCAUUUUGUUUGCAGGGGAAAAGUAAAUGUGGAAUGCUUUUUUAGCGUCUUCAAAGUGCGCCUCGUCAGAUUGUUAUAUCUUUUAUGCUCCAUAUUUUUGGGGGCGUGGCGGCAGUGAUUUUGCCAAUGGCGUAGCGCCAUAUAUAAACUGCAGCGGAAACACUGCCUCAAACCAACUAUAAAUUCUAUACACAUUUUGAAAGCAUUUAAUGAGAACUAAAAGGUGUGCACAUGAAAAUAUUGUCUUAUUUACAUUGUGUCAUUUAUUGACGGCCCCUAAUUAGCCACGGAGAUGGGGCUAGCCAAAGUCAAACCACCAGCCGGCUGAAGCUAAUUGGCUAAAUAAUUUGGCUAACUCUUUCCGCCUUGCGAACACACACGAGACCCACAUCAAACCACAGCCCGAAACCAACUCACGUUUGAAUGGCCGCCGACAUUUCUUAAUGAACCAAAUCUAAAAAACGAGGCCAAGUCAGGAAGUACAGUCGCCCUUUUUAACGAUUCCUUGUUGAAACAAAUGGUAUUCUCUUUCCCAUGAUCCUCUGUCCCUGUCCUCUUUCAGGCACUGCGCCGCACACCCAGAUGACCAGCGGUACUGUCGUCACCAUGGCGAUGACCUCCCACUCCUCCCAUGCCACAGCAGUGACCACCUCUACCAUCCCAGUUGGUGAGUAACAGCUGGUAUAAAACUCAGAUGCAGUGAAAGCUAGUGCACAAAAUACUCAGACACAUUCAAAGCCACUAGUGGGCUUUUUUGCAUUCAUUAUUUAUUUCCUUUAAAGAGUAUUUCCAUCUUUACUUCCAUUAAAUCUUUUAACUUUGAAACUGCGUAGAAGUGCUCUCAUAGUUCCUCAUUUUGGAUAAUCAGCCUAUUUGAGCUCUUGUCUAUUCCUACCACUCUCCUGUCUCAUAAUCCCCAUCCUCUGUUGUAUCGACAGCUAAAGUGUAUUUCUUUCAUUAUGUUGUACCAACAGCUAAAGUGGUGCCCCAGCCCAUAGCCCACACCUCCCCGCGUGUCCAAUCAGACUACCAGCCCAUAGCCCACACCUCCCCGCGUGUCCAAUCAGACUACCCGGCAGAGAGGACCAACCUGAUCUCCAUCUCUGGCCACCGCUCCUCUCCUAACCCUGUCGCCAUCGAGGGCAGGAGUGACAACAGGCCGUCUGGACCGGUGCACUUCCAGUACUUCCUGCCCACCUACUCCUCUUCUCCGUACCCCAUGACACACACCUACGCCCCCAUCACCAGCUCUGUGUCCCCCACCAGACAGUACCCAGGUAAACACGUCAACACUUUUGAAUUUAACUUCAUUCAAUUGACUCUGGAAAACCUUGCCCAAUACACAAAAGAGUAAAUACCUUAAGGAUCAGUCGGCAUAAUCUCCCAGGUCUGCUUGACUGACACCCUGCUCCUCUCCUCAGCGACGCCCCAGACCCCUAGCUCCGCUCAGCCCAGCCAGCCUGCUGUGGCUGUGGCCACUACUGUCCACCUCAACCCCAUGCAGCUGAUGGCCGUGGACAGGAUUGGUCUACAGUCUGCACAAAUCAGCACCCAGGGAAUCCAGCCUCAACCAAUGGGAGCCCAGGGCAUCCAGCCUGCACCAAUGGGAGUGCAGGGGUUGCGUAGCUCUGGUCCAAUCGGCACACAGGGGAUUCAGCAGGCACCAAUCGCAGGGCAGCAGUCUGAGCCGAAACCAUCUGGUAAUCUACAGUAUACUAAUGUUUAACAUGGCCUCAAGAAGCAGCAUAUCCUACUUGAAAUAUUGAAUAUGUCCCACAGGGACCACAAACACAUACUGAAAAUAUUGUACAAAUAUAUACUUUGGAUAAAACGUCUGCUCAAGGUGAUGUGAUUUGAAUGAUAAUUGAUCAAAUCUAUAUGAUAAGUCUAUGGCUGUACAUCUGAACCUGUGUUCUGUCCUGUGUCUGUUCUGCAGGGAUAUUAUUGGCUGAAGGCGGUACGUUUGUGGGUGGUCCUAUGGGCAGCCCGUUCGGCGCCACACAGCCUAAUGCUACCACUGUACAGACACACCCCCAGGGCGGAGUAGGAGGCGGAGCUCCCCCCCUGGUUCCCUCCCCUCGACCCAGCAUCCUCCGCAAAAAGCCGGCCAAUGAGGGGUGA